AUGAAUGUUAUCAGAAAGCGAAGUUACCAUUCAAUUUCAUCACCAUCACCAUUAGUCUCACUCUUUCAAACCAACACAACCCUCUCUCCAUUACCAAUGCCACGAUUAGGCAAAACAAAAUCAGAAUCCCUCUUCGAAAUCAUUUCCAAAAAUCCAUACCUAACUUUUGAAAAAUCUCUCGAAGAUGUGUGCGUCAAUCUCACACCACAAGAUGUUGAAGAAGUCCUCAAACUGUGCUACGAGUUUCCGACACAUGCAGUAAAGUUCUUCCGUUGGGCCGAUCCUCAUAUCAACCACAACCAUUCUCCUUAUGCUUGGUAUUUGGUAAUCGAUAUUUUAGGUAAAAAUCGUUUAUUUGAACCAAUGUGGGACUGGGUGAAAUUAAUGAGGCGAGAAGGUUUGCUUUCAAGGUCAACAUUUUCUUCGAUUUUCGCUAGUUAUAUUAAUGCAGGUAGAAUUGAUAGUGCUAUUAGGACAUUUGAGGUGAUGGAUUGUUAUGGUUGUGUUAGGGACGUUUUUUCGUUGAACUCACUAUUGAAUGCUAUUUGUAGUAGUGGUAGAGUUGUUGAAGCUUGUGAUUAUUUAAAAAUUGCUAAGAAACAUGUUAAACCUGAUUCUGAUACCUAUGCUAUUUUGAUGGAAGGUUUCGAAAGUGAUGGGAAUGUUGUUGGUGCUAGGGAUAAUUUUGUUGAAAUGAUUUUUGAAAUUGGUUGGGAGCCAGCUAAUGUUCUUGCUUAUGAUUCGUUUUUGUGUACUUUGAUUAAAGGUUCGGGUGGGAUUUGUGAAGCUGUUAAGUUUUUUGAUUCGCUGAGUGAUAUGAGAUGUUACCCGGGAAUUAGAUUUUUUGGGGUUGCGCUUGAUGAGUGUGCUAAGUUUCAUAAUUUAAGGAGGGCUAAGUUUUUUUGGGAGUUUAUGUUGGGGAAAACCGAAUUGCAGCCAACGACCGCGAUGUAUAAUUCGAUGAUUGCUUUGUAUUGCUAUCAUGGUGAUAUUGAUGUUGCUAUGAAGAUGCUUGAUGAGAUGGUUCAUAGAGAGGCUUUUCCGGAUUCACUUACAUAUAAUUUGUUGCUUAGGUAUUUGAUUAAAGGUAGGAAAUUGUUGAAGGCUACAAGGAUGUUUACUGAGAUGAUGAAAAAUGAAUGUGUGCCGGAUCAACUUAAUUGUCAUGCGGCGGUUAAGGUUUAUUUAGAUAAUGGACAUACUGCUAUGGCUAUCAAAGUUUGGAAAUUUUUGGUAGAGAAUUACCGUGGAGAUUUAGAGCGUACUGCUAAUCUACUGGUUGUAGGGCUUCAAAAUAAUGGUAAAGUCACUGAAGCAGUUAUGUAUGCUAAGGAUAUUAUUAGAAGAGGAAUCAAGUUAACUUCUUCUACACUGUCCAAGUUGCUGAAAGCGGAAAGCGGCAUAUAA